CCCUACUUUCAUAUUCUUCCAUCUAUUUAUCUAUUAUUACUCCAUUCCCACCUCCUACUGGUUCACUGCUCACUAUCAGAUUGUAUAUUUGUAUUCUCCUAGGAACCUCCACCACCACUCUUCAGCAAGAAAAAAGAGAAAGGAAAAAGGAAAAAGAGAGCAAAAAUGGAAGGUGGGUCGAAUUUGAAGCCAAUGGAUUCAGAGCAACUGAGGGAAUAUGGUCACAAGAUGGUGGAUUUCAUUGCCGAUUACUACAAGAACAUUGAGAGCUUCCCAGUUCUCAGUCAAGUUCAGCCAGGUUAUCUACGCGGGCUCCUGCCAGAAUCUGCACCUACUCACCCCGAGACGUUGCAGGAUGUUCUUCAAGAUGUCCAGACGAAGAUAUUACCUGGAGUUACACAUUGGCAAAGCCCGGAUUAUUUUGCAUAUUUUCCCUCUAACAGUAGCGUGGCUGGAUUUUUGGGGGAAAUGCUUAGUGCCGGAAUAAACAUGGUGGGUUUCAGUUGGAUAACUUCUCCGGCAGCAACAGAACUUGAAAUGAUUGUUUUGGAUUGGCUCGCAAAAGCACUCAAGUUGCCUGAUACUUUUCUUUCGACGGGUGAAGGUGGCGGAGUGAUACAAGGCACUGCAAGUGAAGCUGUUCUUGUUGUGCUUUUAGCUGCUCGUGACAAAAUUCUGAGAGCAGUUGGAAAAGAGUUGAUAGGGAAGCUCGUUGUUUAUGCUUCUGAUCAGACUCAUUCUGCUUUACAGAAGGCCUGCCAGAUAGCAGGAAUACAUCCAGAGAACUGUCGUUUUCUAAAGACUGACUCAUCUACUGAAUAUGCUCUUUCUCCCAACUCAGUUCGUGAAGCGUUAUCCCAAGACUUAGCCGCUGGUCUAAUCCCCUUCUUCUUGUGUGCUACUGUUGGUACUACAUCGUCAACUGCUGUUGAUCCCUUACUUGCACUUGGGCAUAUUGCAAAGAGUAAUGGCAUGUGGUUUCAUGUGGAUGCUGCUUAUGCUGGAAGUGCUUGCGUGUGCCCUGAGUUCCGCCACUAUUUGGAUGGCGUAGAAGAAGCUGACUCAUUCAACAUGAAUGCACAUAAAUGGUUUCUUACAAACUUCGACUGUUCUGCACUUUGGGUAAAGGACCGGAGUGCUCUCAUUCAGGCGCUGUCAACUAAUCCUGAAUUUCUCAGAAACAAAGCUUCUCAAGCAAAUAUGGUUGUAGAUUACAAAGAUUGGCAAAUUCCCCUUGGACGCAGGUUCAGAUCACUGAAACUAUGGAUGGUAUUAAGACUCUAUGGCUUGGAGAACCUUCAAGCGUAUGUGAAGAACCAUAUAGAAUUGGCUAAACGCUUCGAAGAGUUUGUUUCCGAGGACUCGAGGUUUGAGGUUGUGGCGCAUCGAAAGUUUUCUCUAGUGUGCUUCCGUCUUCGGCCACCUCAGAACGACGAAGAUCUUGCAAACAAACUCAACCGCAAUCUGCUGGACGCUGUCAACUCAUCUGGAAAAAUAUUUAUCUCACACACCGUUCUAUCCGGCAAAUACGUUCUGCGCCUUGCGGUCGGGGCUCCGCUGACGGAAGAGAGGCAUGUGAUUGCAGCCUGGAAAGUUUUGCAAGAUGAGGGUGCUGCUGCUUUGUUGAGAAACUCUUCAAAGAUGACCAAUUCUUUUGCAUAGAGGAUUGAUUCUCUGCUCCAACCAGUUUAUCCAUUCAGAUUGUCUGCAAAUUUUACUCUUCAUUCACAGAUUUGCUGUUGAAGUACUGAAAUUCUUGUGUAAUUCUUUGGCAAUGGAUGAAUACUAUUGCACAUUGUAUUAAGAUGUUAAUAUUCAUACAUCAUGUAACUAAGUAUUCACUUUUUAUGCAA